AUUCCUAGGGGAAAAUUACGUUUAGCAACGCCAUGUUCCGUCUAUUUACGUGUAUGGCUUGAUAAGAGACGGGCGCUAACGCUGAUUUAGGUUUGACUACGCUUUUUGUUCACUGCCAGCGAAUCGUUCCCAUCGGACAGUUUCUCUCAAGCGAAACUCAAGCGAGAAAGCCGUUCGGAAAGCCGUAACAAUGUCGGUCACUGCCAAAAGAGAGGAGUUUCGCAAGUAUCUGGAGAGAUCUGGUGUCAUGGAUGCCCUAACAAAGAUACUUGUCUCACUCUAUGAAGAACCUGAAAAGCCAACUGAUGCUUUAGACUAUAUACGUAAAAAUCUUGGUGGUGUUGGAGAUAAUAAUUCGGAAAUUGACAGUUUGAAGAAAGAAUUAGAGGAGUCCAAAGCUAAAAUUGCUGAAUUAAAAGCAACAUUGGUCAAGUAUGAACAAACAGAUGAAGUAACAGUUGAGUAACUGUGACGGACAACAUAUCUUCGAUCAGAGUUCAUGCUAGUCUUAUUAUUUUUUUUGGACACUGACUUUUAUUAUAAGUCAGUCUGACUAUGUGCCUUAUUAAUAUAAUAAAAUAAGACGUUUAUGAAAAUUAGAAUAUAAGAUAAAUUACUAAGCUUACGUGUAAACAUUCCACUACACAUAUAUAUGUCCAUUUAUUCAUGUAAUUUUGUUUAAGAAAAUGAUAAUUUAACUGUUAGGUUAUUUCUCUAAGGACAAAUUUAUCAUGUGCAGUAUUUGACAUGUGUACUUAAUCAAUGUCAAGCGUUGUUUGUACAGAAUAGAUCUCAGGAUUCAGAAAUAAAUAUUUCUUUUAUGUUUAUUACAAUAUACGUAUAUUCUUAAAUAUAUCAUUUAUUGCCUUAAUCAGUAUGGAAUUUUUUAUUGGGAUUUGUACAAUAUAUUGCAAAUAAAGUCAAUAUGUGAAAGUAAAAAA